AGGUGAAGAGAUCAACGCGGAUCCUGUCAAAACAAGCGUACCGUGGAAGCGUGGAGGCACGGGAGGAGGAUGGGUGACCGACAUCGAAGCAAUUCACGGAAAACGAGCGAAGGGUGCAGCUGGGUCGGUAGGUACGCGUAGGUAGGGCAGAGAGCGGCGCGGGUAGGGCCUGUCGUGCACGCGCUGGGCUUUGUGGUGGUUGAUAUCGACCCGCGGUAGAGGGUCGGAGCUGUCGAGGGUCGCAUGGCGCAAGCCUGGACGGGAACGAGGACGAGGAGGUGAACGGAGGCGGCUGAGGCGAGGAGACGGAUGGAGAGAGUGGCUCCGCUUCCCUCCGAGGAGUGAAGAGAGAUCGCCGGCAGUAGUAACCCGGCCAGUACCCCGCGCGCGGGUGCAGCUGCAUCCGAAAUCCCGUGUGUGUGAGAGUGCGUGAGAGUGCCCAGUCGGCGUGUGUGAUCCCGGUCGAGAUCACCAGGGAAAAACGAUCCACGAGGGCGGAGAGAGUGCGGGCCUGACAGGGCUGAUAGGAUCAUCCGGAGUAAGCAUCCGUGCUAACAGGGUGUGCAAGGCCAACCGCGACGAGGGUGAGACCGCUACCUUGGUCUUGGGUGUCACUCGGUGCGGUGAUCGGGUAGACGCUCACCACGGGCAACUGGAGCUCGCGGAGUGCCCGACGCGAUGUCGCGACGACGGGGUCGUAGCUGAGUUCACGUGGGUGGAAGACGCGAGGCGGACGGAGGAGUCGGUACCAUGCCAAGACUGUGAGAGGGAACGCACAUCGAAUACCGCCAUGUCACGAAGAUUAGAAACCUCGAACGAGGAUUCGUACCUGAACGCUGGCAGGCCAUCGAACCUCCUGCGGACGAGCUUCAGCAGCGCCAAGCUAGAGUCCCUCUAUCGCGCCUCGUCCUUGCAGCAGAGACGCGGCGGCCUCGAGUGCUUUCUGCUUUCGGCCCUCCUCUAUGGAGCGCACACGAUCGCCUCGCCUGGCCAGGAGCUGGCCGCUCGCGGUAUCACUGCCGUCUUCUUGGGAUUGAACCUCGGACUGCUCGCCUGGGCCGAGCACAACCCCAGAGCCAAGGACGUGCUCUGGUCGGUGGUGUCUUACGUGGCUUGGCACCUCUCGAUCGGCCAGUUACUCGCUCAGCUGCUCCUCAAGUCUACCGAGGUCACGCCUAGGGACGGACUAGGAUGGUUGUUGCUCCUGCUCUACCUGCAGCUCGCCACCCUGCCCCUCAGGCUCCUGCAAUGCACACAGCUCGCGAGCGCCACUGUGCUCGUGUAUAUCGUCGCGGUGAACUCGGUGCUUGGACACUCCAAGGCAACGGAAAAGAUACCCUUGGAUGUUUUGGUCCUGACGAUAACACUUUCGAUAGGCGCGAUUCUCCUGGGCGGCUUCAGCUACUCUUUGACGGAAUUCCAGCAACGUCGAGCCUUCCUGGAGACCAGACAGAGCUUGGAGGUCCAGUUGGUGAUCGAGGAGCAAAGCGCUGAGCAGGAAAGGCUCCUGCUCAGCGUUCUGCCCGAGCACGUCGCUGUUAAAAUGCGACAGGACUUGGGGGCCUCUUUGGACACGCAGUUCAAGAAGAUCUACAUGUCCAGGCACGAGAACGUCUCGAUUCUCUACGCUGACAUCGUCGGUUUCACGGCCAUUUCCUCUACGUACAGCGCCAGCGAACUCGUAAAGAUACUCAACGAGCUCUUCGCACGGUUCGAUCAGCUUAGCGAGAGAUACGAGCAGCUGCGAAUCAAGAUCCUGGGUGACUGUUACUACUGCAUAAGUGGAGCACCUGUAGAAAGGUCAGACCACGCUGUCCUGUGUGUCUACAUGGGCCUGUCCAUGGUGGACGCCAUCAAGUACGUCCAACAGACGACAAAGAGUCCAGUAGACAUGAGGGUGGGCAUACACACGGGCGCAGUGUUGGCAGGCGUGCUUGGUCAAAGACAGUGGCAAUUCGAUGUUUACAGCAAGGACGUCGAGCUCGCUAACAAAAUGGAGAGCAGUGGAAUGGCAGGGAGGGUGCACAUCUCGAACGCGACUCUGAGCUUUCUCAACGGGGAAUUCGAGGUCGAGCCAGCCCACGGCGAGGAUCGGGAGGAGGCGUUGCAAAAGGCAGGGAUCGUCACCUACUUCAUCGUCAGAGCUUUGAAGCCCUUCAAACCCGCGGUCACGAAGAGCCUCGCCUCUUUGACGGACGCUGAGACCUCGAGGACGACGAUGCAGAACGCUGGGGACGGACGCAACAACAAGGAGGACUCCGAGGAGUUCAGGCAGAGACUGAAGAACGAGCUCGACAGCAAAGGUGGUGGAGCUGACCUGAAGGGCCACGCACAUUGGUUGACACUGAGAUUCAAGGACGCGAAAGUGGAAUCAGCGUUUCACCACGCCGAGGAAGCCUUUUCACCCUUGUCCCUCGUCGGUGGACCGUUGGUGAUGGUCUGCGCCGCCCCAGUUUGGAGGUUUCAGCCGUGGGGACCAUUCACGUGGGGUGGCUUGGGGGUGGUUAUCUUGUUUGCGAUCGUUUUGGCAGGUGCCACCUGUUUGGGUAGCGCUGUCAAGGCCAUGUGGCUCAGGAGAGCCCUAGCAAUGAUGAUGACGUUCUCCCUAGGCUAUUUCCUGCUUCUCGAUAUGAGUAAUUGCGUCGUCAUCGAAGAACCGAUCCCAGCAUUCAACGCCACAAUAACUCUGUCGACGAGGUGUCCGUAUCCCUCCUAUUACUCGUACAUCGGUGUCCUCACGCUGGUGGCGAUCUCGAUGCCCACCUACGUGUGUUACCUUGGCAAGGCAUAUCUAAUGUACGGAAUUGCUGGUACCCAGUGUUUCAUCAAUAUCUGGCUACUAGGAAGGCGGCUGGAUUGGGAGGACUACGCCUCGUCGCCCCUCGAUCCUGCCCCCUUUCCAUCGAAAUACUGUUUAUCUGUCACGCUGCUCAUCGUCGCCACCUCUUUGGUCAUCGUGGCCAGAUACGCGGAAAAGGCGAGGCGGAUGCUGUACCUUCGUGGUCGCGAGGUUGUCGCGCAAAGGGAAAGGGCGGCGGACAUGAAGCGUAGAAACGGAGCACUGAUAUACAACAUCCUGCCUCCACACGUGGCCGCCUAUUUCCUGUCCAGAGCAAGACACCACGACGACCUGUAUAGUCAGAGCUACGCGGAGGUGGGCGUUCUGUUCGCCAGUAUGCCCAACUUCGCAGACUUCUACAGCGAGGAGAGCAUCAACAAUCAGGGUCUCGAGUGUCUCAGGUUUCUGAACGAAGUUAUCUCUGACUUCGACGCGAUACUCGAUCAAAACAAAUUCAAAGAUAUUAUCAAGAUAAAGACGAUAGGCUCGACCUACAUGGCAGCAUCCGGAAUAAUGGAGUCCGACGACCCAGAGGACGCACCGCGAUGGUGUCACCUAUCGAACCUGGUCGAGUUCGCGUUGGAAUUGAAGAAGGCUUUGUCCAGCAUCAACGAGCAGAGCUUCAAUCAUUUCGUCCUGAAGAUGGGUAUCAAUCACGGCCCAGUCACUGCUGGCGUCAUCGGAGCGAGAAAGCCUCACUAUGAUAUUUGGGGCAACACUGUGAACGUGGCGUCCAGGAUGGAGAGCACAGGAAAAGUCGGUUGUAUCCAGGUCACAGAUGAAACUCGAAGGAUCCUCGAGCCGUUCGGGUUCGGUUUCGACAAACGCGGCCUCGUGUUCGUGAAGGGCAAGGGUCAGCUGUUGACCCACUACCUAGUGUCCAAAGACGGCGUCUCCUUGAAUCUGGACAGCGACCUGCCUGUCGAACCUACUCAUCCCAUCAUCUACCAGUAGGCUACUACUCGAAGGCUCUAAAUUUCAACGCAAACUCUUCCUUGCUAGCGAGGAAUAGUUUCUCUAUCUCGAAGAUCCUCGAGGAAACGAUUCGAGGGAUCGUCGCUGGAAAACGACGAGCGAGAUCUCCGAGUUCGAAUCGACGCCAGUCUCGUGGGGAUUUCGAACAAGUUCGAACGAUCUUAGGCAGCUCUAGGUGUGUUAGCCUUCUAGAGUUAAAGAGGAGAAACGGAUGGAAAAUGGAGGAUAGAAUGGGUCGACCUUGGGGAAUCGAGGAUCUCUGGAUCCAAGGAUCAAAAACAGAGCUGAAACGGCUUUGAUCGGUUCCGUCGAUUGAAAGAUCAUUUAGUUUCGAACGUUUGUCAUUUUUAAUAGAUUUUCUAUCGCUAUGAGGCUUCGGGCCGCGACUUUCGUUCAGUCCGUAAAUUUUUGACCGUUCAUCAAUCCGUUUACGAUCAACUCACUUGAAUCCUCCGAUGCAUCUUUCAAUGGGAGACUUAACCAUCUGGUAGAAUAAUUUCUCUUUCAAGGAGAAGCUCGCGCGAGCAGUACUGACGAAAAAUUUGCCUAACUCGAGGAACUCUUGAAACUGUGUUCAAACGAAGAGUCGUUGAAAAGAGUACCCAGCUCUGGUUGAACAAUCAACGUAGCCGAUUUAAGGAGAACGUUCAUCGAUGACAAAGAACAAGAUACAAAUCGAGGAAUAAUCAUGUUCACCGAAGAGAAUAUUGCGUUAUAGAGUGGAUGUCGGCAUGAAAGUGAUGAAAGCUUCAUGAUGUCUCAACUGUGAACGUCGUGAGUUGUUUUAGCUAAGAUCAGGUCUUUAAGGGAGUCCUAUGACAAGGAUGAACCAAAACGAAAUGGAGCUGUGAUGCAAAAAGAAGAGUCGACAGUAGGCUGACUUCGAGGAAUUGAUGAAGCAGGAGGCUGAAUUCAGAAGCUAUCGAAAAUUCAUCGAUCUGCUUUUACGAGCAUCCCUGAAUUACAGACGUUUUAUAUUGAUUAGAAAUUCUGCGCCGAUCUGAAGGUCGAUCUGAUUGCGAAACAGUUCGAAAAUGUCUAGAGCAAGCGUGACCAGAAUUUAGGAAGAUGAUAAAUGGGACGUUGAAGACUUUAGUGCAAAAACAGGUCUUCUCCAUCUUCGACCAUUUCCAAGCCUGAAUGUGUCCUACAAAUUAAAAAACUAAUUAUAGUUCAUUUCCUGAGAAAUGUUCAUUUUUUUUGUCGAUGAUCCAUUCUUGCACUGGGGUCUUCGAUUGAGAAACGAGGAAAAAAAAGAAACGUGUAGUUGACCCAUCGAUCGUUCACGUCACUCUAGAAUCGAUACGUAACUUAAGAAAGUGUCUAAAUCGUAAUCGUUGUGGUAGAUCGCUGAUCAUGACUCUAUUUUUCUAGAUCCUGCGACGAGCACGCUCGAUAUUAAUUAACGGACGAUCGAUUAGUGGUAGGCGAAGAAUCGUCGUUUUUCUCAAUGUUCAUUGAUACAUGGAAAAUAUUGUGCUUUAGGGAUUCGAGAAUUUUCCAAAUAUUAAGGAACACCCUGUGCAAUGCGUUUUCUCGAUCAUCGGUAUCGUCAACUGUGUACUUUCUUAAGAUCUCGCUCGAAUCAUCGUAACUGAAAAUUCUUCCUGAAAAGAUAACUGAAAAAGGGCUAGAAUUGCAACGAGGACUCAGUGGCCGAGCGUGUAGCGUUCUUGCUUGCAACGAAAGGGUUAAAAAAAAAGGGUCAAGUUCGCGGAUUUGAAUCCCAACUGGCUGAAAUUUUACUAAGCUCCCUUUUUCCUCUAAAACUAUACAAUUCAAUUAUCAUAACAACUCAAUUACGUCCUAACAUUCUUACGAAAGAAUCGAUUAUCCGACAUUUAAAAUUUCAAUUGUUGCAAUAACUGAAUCGUUGACUGAGACCGGUGCAGUAGUUGGAUCAUGAUGCAGUAUUGGGCAAAAUGCAAUCCACGAUUAAUGCUAUCAACUAUGAAAAUAAAAAAAUUGAAUACGAUUAGCUCUGCUACGAUUGCAGAUUAUACAAAUGUAGUUUACAAUUAAUCUGACAAUUGUAAGUGAGUAUCGCGAAGUGGAUCACUGCUCAACUCUGUGGUGUAAUUGCCGUAACAUCUGAGUCACAGAAGCGAUUAUUAUUGUAAUACGAAUUGCAAUUCAGUGUGUAGCUACUGUCGAAAAAAAAGUACUCUUCAACUAUCGAACAUGAAAGUAUGAAAUUGUGUAUUGUAAAUUUAGUAGAAACUCGACGAAUUUCGUCUUUCGUGGAACUCUCUAUUUCGUAGAAUCGCGAAAGGAAAUGACAAUUGCAACGAGACGAAACGCCAUUAUGGGAAACAUCGAAACUGUACACGAAAAGUUCCAUGGCAACUUUUGUCUGAAAGUCUGUCUACUGGCAAAAUACAAGAAUGGAACAUGGUAGAACCGAAUGUGUAUGUCAAGGAAUGUAUCCGCUUGAUUGAUUGGUAAAGAUGAACACAAAUGGGAACUGUAAUCUCAUAAUCUAGAAGAAUAUUUAGAAUAAAGUCUGUUAAAAAUACAAGCGCUGUUUCAAAAUUAAAAUCGAUAACCGAAUUUUAAUAGUUUUCAAUACAAUCUAUCCUCUGUGAUUUACAUACGAAGAAAGGUUAAUAAUUUAAUUUACAUGGUUUUAUAAUAAGUAUUGUACUACAGAAUGAAUUGAGAAAGUGCUUGCAUGUUUAACAAACUCGAUUCAAGUAAGAAUCAUUCCGAUCAGAACUUUGCUAUCUAUUACAUUUUGGUGUACUCGCUACGUUUGAACUAUGAAGUACGAAUGCAUAGCGAGGCCCAUUUCAUCGGGGCCGUCGACGAAAGAAUCUCUAUAGUUUUAAUUUAACUAUAUUUUUCUGCGAACAGAGUCGUCGAUUUAUAUUAGAAAAAUGUUUGAACGGGCGGAGGUUUCUUAGGAGCUUAGAUCCGAUUUACUUCUCGAAUGUACAAGGCAUUUCAUCAAGUUCCCAACAUUGCACGCUGUCAAAUGACUCUUGAGAUCGAAAUAGGACGAAUUGUGACAGUAAAAUUUCCUCGAAAGACUUCUCAUUUCAUAGUUAUU